CGAUACAGCUUCUAAACUACACUUCCCAUCAGGCAGUGCGCAAUCAUGUGGUUCCUGUUUUGAGGACACAUCGGGCGGUCGUCUUGCUUAUUGCAGACGCCGAUGAGCAGUGCGGUCGAUACUUGGCGUUUUCUGUGAUCAUGGCGGACGGUAAGCCGAUUCAUGUGCAGCGGUUCGAGGCCGCUGUUAAAGUGAUCCAGAGUUUGCCGAAAAACGGUUCAUUUCAGCCAUCCAAUGAGAUGAUGCUCAAAUUUUAUAGUUACUACAAGCAGGCAACUAUGGGUCCUUGUAAUAUUCCUAGACCUGGGUUUUGGGAUCCAACUGGCAAAUAUAAAUGGGAUGCUUGGAAUUCUUUGGGAGAUAUGUCCAAAGAUGAUGCAAUGAUUGCUUAUGUUGAAGAAAUGAAAAAGAUUAUUGAAACAAUGCCAAUGACAGAGAAAGUGGAAGAGCUACUUCAAGUAAUUGGACCAUUUUAUGAAAUUGUAGAAGACAAGAAGAGUAGUGGAACAUCAGACCUGACUGUAGGCCUUGACACCAUACUGAGCAUAAACCCGAACUGUAUGAAAUUAAAUGGCAAAAAAGAGAGCAGUGACAGUGGAGCAGAGUCCGACAAGGAUGGUGAGGAUGACAUGGAUGAGGAGGAUGAUAAGAAAGAUGAUGAAAACUAUGAAAGACAAAUGCAGCCCACAACAGAAGAUGAGACAAAGCAGGUGAAAAUCCUCCUUGCUAAUGGCAAUUCUGAAAGAGAUGUUCCCUUCACUGACAACAGUGAACAUAUAAAAAAGUCAAUGCUAAAUAGUGAAAAAUCAGAAGAGAUACUUAACCAAAAGAACCAGGCACUGGAAUUUCCAGAAUUACUGGAAAUGAAUGGUCACAUAACCGAACCCAUUGAAGAUAUUGGUAACCUGCACCACUUAACAAGUGACUCUGAUAGUGAAGUAUACUGUGAUUCCAUGGAGCAAUUUGGCCAAGAUGAGUGUUCUGAAGUAUUCAUAAAUCGCUCAUUCAGGCCAACUGAAGGAAAUCCAACCAAAAUCUUGUCAAAAACUGACACAUGUAAACAUUCCUAUUAUGAGCCUGAAUUUUCCUUGAGUGUCAUACAAGGUGGAGCUGAGGGAGUAAAAUGUGGUGGCGAAGAUGGAAAGUCGGGAGGAAACGGAGGACACCGAGAACGAAUGAUGCAUGGCAAACAUGAUUAUUCAGCUCUUAGACGUGGAGGAAGGGGUUCUAAAAUGCAAGCUUCAGAUGAAGAGGCCUGGGGCUCCCAACAAGGAAGUGGUGGUGAUGGCGAGCGCAGGGGAACAGAAAACAUAAUGAAGGGUGGCGUCCUUAAUGAACAAAUUGCUGUAACCCUCAUCAGACUGCAAGAAGACAUGCAUAGCGUGUUAUUGAGGCUGAACACCCUGGAAGCGCUAUCGGCCUCUCAAGCCAGAUCACAGGCACUUUCUUCGAAUUACCACCUGCGCCCUCAUGAGCAUAAGAAACCUUCCUGGUGGCCUUUUAGCCUGUCUCCUGGGAUGCUGGCAUUUGCUAUAAUUUGGCCUUUUGUUGCUCAGUGGUUGAUCCGGCAAUAUGCUCGCAGACGGCGGAGACCACUCCAGUGACUCUCGUCAGAAGUCAUGCCACUGUAGCCCCUAGCUAAAGAAGGCACAUGGACCUUGUACCUUUUGGCACUUCAGCAUUACCUAAAUGCAUGUUAAACAUUUAACUUUUGCACUACUGUGAUGGGCUGCUUGAACUGGGCAGAUCCCUCAUGAAGUGAAGUUCAGAAAAGAUCAAUGUGAUUUGUAAUUACAUGGAGCACUGCAAGGGUUUCACUUCAGAUUAGCACUGAUCCCUGUGAACUAUGCAGUCAACUCAUCGGUGAUGAAUAGAGCAUCUAAUUAAUAUUUGGCUUUGUACUAUUUAUCUAGUUUCAAUGUGGAAAAAUUUUUUAUUCAGCUAUGCUUCUGUGUACUUUUGGCUGAAUGAAUGCUUAAAAGCUUGAUCUUAAAUUAAGGUUUGUUAAAAGCAAAGGCCUGUUUCUAUGUGCAAGAUUAUAAUAACUGUAAAUGGUUUCAAUUAGAAUAUGUUGAACUGAUUCUAUUAUUUCUUUAAGGACUUAGACAUAUUUAUUUCUGAGGAAAAAAGUGAACAGUCAUUAUUAAAUAACUUGGGCCUAAUGAUGUUUAACCUCAAAGCACAAGUGUGUUACAACUGGACAGCAAGUUGCGCGUUUUUCAGUCCACUGCGGGUGUAAAGAUGUGAACUGCAGGUAUCCUCACUACAACCUGUGCAGAAGGUACCACAUUUACAAUAUAUAUUGGACAUUUUUUUUUUGUAAUGCAGAUGAAGAAAGCCUCGGUGUUGCUUAAUCUGUAGCAGCAGUUUGACACAAACAGUUGAUGAAGGCAGAUCUACACAAACCGCAAUGGCUGCCAUCGUGUCGUCAUCUCUAAAUGGAUAUCAAACUGUUGCUCAGUAUUGUUCUGAUAUAUUUUAACACCAUUAAUUUACAGUUUAAAAUUAAUUUCUUUACAUCAUUUCUGCUGGCCAAAUUUUCAUGGUUGGUACGUUUUGUAAAAUUGGUUAGAGCUACAACUUUCACACACGCCCACUUGUUUUGCAUCUCCCGUAAAACAAUAUGAAGGGUAAUGGAGGUCACUUGCCUGAUAUCCUUUCUGAACAUUUGGACUCUCUUUUUAUACACAUUGUCAGUAGAAUAAAAUACAGAACUACAAUCGGCCCUCGAUAUAUGACCGGCCUGACAUGUGAACAACUUGGUUUACGACCAAAAUUUUUGUUUUGAAUUAUGACCAACGUCUUUCGUUACAACCCGAAUGCGGUCACGUGUAUCCGCUUGUGCGAUUGUAAACAAACAGCCGAGAGCGUUCGUAAGUGUCAGUCGGAGCCCAGAUACGUGUGUUUGUGGACGUAAUUUCGGUCAGUGCAGUGAUUUAUAUAAUUUAUUUUGAUAACUGCUAUCAAAAUGGCCCCAAAAAAGCUAGAAAAGAAGCUAAGGAAGGAAGAGAAGGUGACGAAGGUAAAGAAAGCGAUCACAAUCAAAACAAAGAAGGAAAGUGUGCAGAAAUGCUGAGAGUGGCGUUCGUGUGACCGAUCUCGCUAAUAUGUACAGCAUUUCGAAAUCCACCAUGUCGACAAUUUUACAAAGAAAAGAUUUGUAUAAAGGAAGCUAGUGUUGCUAAAGGUGUUACUCAAAUUAGUAAGUCACGAUCAACAGUGUUAGACGAGGUAGAAGAGCUAUUAUUAGUGUAGAUAAACGAAAGGCAGAUGGCAGGUGAUAGCCUAUUGGAGUCUGUAAUUUGUGAAAAAGCUAGGGUUGUAAAUGCAGAUCUGUUAAAGGAUAAGCCAUCAACAAGUGAUAGUGCUGUGGGAGGUUCAGAAUGCAUUAUGGGUAUUUCCAUUAUUUCUUAUGGGAAAAAUAGUCUUGAGUUACAACCAACUUGAUUUACAACCAGCCCUCGCGAACGAAUUGAGUUCAUAAGUCAAGGGUCCACUGUAUAGAGAGGUCCCUAUUUGAGGUGUAUAUUUCCAUCCCAAUAAACAACACAACAUUUUAUACAUAAUUUUACUGUUAUUAUGGGGUUGAAUGGAAGAUCAUGUUGGGCUAAUCAGAGUCAGGCCAUUAUUUUACAUUUUGCUAGUGCCAGUGACUGAAGAAAUCUAUGUGAAUAUUGUGGAAUAAAAUGAUUUGUUAAAUCUAGGAGUUUGAGAACCAAUAUAUUAUAGAUAUAGAGUGGGUUGAAAAAGUAUUCGACCCCCUAGACCAGGGGUGUCAAACUCCAGGCCUGGUGGGCCACAGGUUUUCAUCCUAACCCUUUUCCUAAUCAGUGACCAGUUUUCACUGCUAAUUAACUCCUUUCCCCUUCAUUUUAAUAGCCCUGUUUUUAAGGAUUCAGUCCUCUGAAUUGAUUCAUUUCUUUAUGAAAUGGCAGCCAAACAGAAAUGAGACGUGAAACGAGCCAACAGAUGAGCAGCUAAACUGGGAUUUCAAACUCCAACCAAUUUCACUCCAACAAAUCUAAUGAGAAGCUGAUUCUUGCUGUUAAUUAAGCCCGUUAUUUAAUUCUGUGGCCCGUUGCUGCUCUCAUUCUGCCACAGCAGACGUUUCCAAAACUGUUGAUUUUCUGUUCGUCAAAAUGUUUUGGUGACCUGAGAGAUCAACCUUACCGAGACCUUCAUUUUUCUUUAAUUUCAGAUACUGUGUGAUGGGCACAGGUGAGCUGGUCAUGUGGCAGCUCGUUUUGUGUCUUAUUGUUUGGCUGCUAAUUAAAAAAAAAAGAGACAACUAAGGGGCCUGAGUCAAGUUAAUUAAAACUAAAGCAAAAGUUAAUUUAAAGCAAAAACUGGUCACUAAUGAAGAAGAUGGUUAGAAUGAAAACCUGUAGCCACUGCGGCCCUCCAGGACUGCAGUUCGACACCCAUGCCCUAGACAAUGUUAACAUUUCCUGUAAUAUUUUGCUUUGAAAAUGCAUCUUUAGUUUCAUACUGUUGCAUAUAAAUGAGGACCUCUUGGACAAUAAAUUUUCACAAAAAAAUCCUGAAAUUUAAAUUAUGCUGCAACGAUAAAGAACGUAUCAGUGAAAUCUGCUGUUGAAUAAGUAUUCAACCCCUAAUAGCUUAGAGACUGUAUGAUUGUUAACAGUGUAAUAAGGGGAAUGAAAACGGGCGUAAACAAUCGGGCAAUGAAUCCUCUAGUGUGUUGACUGGCCUAUAAGUGAUUCUUUAGGCCUGUAACAGAAAUCAGUACAAGUGGCUUAUUUGGUGAAACCUCAAAAACUGACAAAAAUGAAGACAAGGGAACUUUCUAAUGACUUGAGAUGCACAGUGAUUAAGAAGUUUAAAGAUGGCAAUGGUGCCAAGAAUAUUGCCAAGCUCAAUAGCCUCAGUGUGUCCACUGUGAAGGCCAUCAUAGCGAAGUGGAAGUCUAGUGAAGCAGCAUAGGUCAGGCCGGCCUGUUAAAAUAGCCAAGAAAAUGUCAGGAAAACUAGUGAGAGUAUUAAGAGCAAAUCCUAAGGUGACUCUCAGUGACUAUCUGCAGCUGGAGUGGAUGUGCACAAGACUACAAUAUCCAAGGGACUGUAUGGCAGAGUUGCCAGAAAAAAGCCAAAACUAAAAAAAAUGUCAUCUGAAAGCUCGAUUAGAAUUCGCUAACAGACAUCAUGACAAGAGUCCUGCUUUCUGGAGUCACGUACUUUGGUCUGAUAAGACCAAAAUUGAACUUAUUGGCCUCAACAUAAAGGCAUUUGUAUGAUGGCUGGAAGGGACUGCCAAUGAUCUGGCAAACACCAUACCUACCCAUCAAGCAUGGUGGGGGGCAGCAUCAUGCUUUGGGGCUGCUUCUCUAGGGCGGACACUGGGUCCCCUGUCUGUAUUGAAGGACGAAUGGAUAGUAAGAAGUAUAUCCAGACUUUGGUAGAAAACCUUCAAACGUCAGCCAUGAAAUUGGGACUUGGAUGACGCUACCACUUUCAGCAGGACAAUGACCCAAAACACUGUGCAAAAGGAACCAAAGCAUGGUUUGACAAAAAGAAGAUCAAGGUUUUGCAGUGACCUAGCCAGAGUCCGGAUCUGAAUCCGAUUGAAAAUUUGUGGCGUCAUCUCAGAAUUGCAGUUCACAAAUGAAAGCCUUUAAACGUUGCCAGGUUGGAGCAGUUCUGCAAGGAUGAAUGGGAAAAAUGGCCUCCAUCCAGAUGUUCCAAGCUUGUAGAUGGGCUAUCCAAAGCGAUUUGAAAGCAGUUAAAUACCACAAAGGUUGUUGCUACCAAGUAAUAACUGGGGGUCAUGUUGAGGGGUCCAUUACUUUUUCAACAGCAUUUUUCACAACAUGACUGUCAAUUUGCAUUUGUUUAGAUCACCAAAGCCCUAAAUGUUUCAAAAUAUGUACACAGAGAAAUAAAAGUUCACUCAGAUACUCUGCAUUUGUGAUUUUUAAAGGUUGCAGUGAUGCAAGAUGGAAAUACGGUGGCCUUCCAGAGGGGGUCAAAUUCUUUUUCAACCCACUGUAAAUAGUUUAGUCCUAAAUCUUUUUUGGCUUUCAGCCUUACUAAGGUUAGCUCAUUGUUAAGUCCGGCUCUUUACUGAGUAGAUGCUCGGUGUGCUCUUAAACAAGUUCUCAGCUAUAAUGCAAAUUUGUCUACAAAUAAGAAUGUGCAUUUUUAUGGGCUGUUUGAUGGUAGUCAAGUCUUUAUUCCAAUUUCAGCAUUGCUAGUAUUUUAAUCCUUUUCAAGACUUUGUUUGAACAACACUGAUUUUGAUUUAUCUGUUGUUGUCAGAAGUAUCUAACGCAAAAAUUCAGAGAGCUGAUCUUGAAAUAGAUAAAGUUUAUUGUGAACUCAACUUUUAGAUUGAGAUGAACUUAAGCAGGUUUAAUGGUUCGCCUCAUCCUGUGUUAUUGAAUGAUUUGAACAGGGAAUGUUUUUGCGUGAUCAGUGAAAAAGAAAACAGUCAAACAAAAACUGUACAAUUUCAUUUCUAUAGAUUAUUGUGACAUGAUAUUUUUAAUGCCAUCUCUAUUAAUCAACAUGCACCAGUCACUACUCAAGUGUAAGUGGAUUAUGAUUAAGUGGUGGGAGGUUAUGUUAGCUGGUCAUUAAAUAGACCAAGAGAUUUUGACAGCAAGUCAAAAUGAGCUCAAUGGAUAAGAAAUUCUCGGAACAAAUAAAGUAGUCCUUGGUAUGUAAUCAGUCAUUUUUUUUCCUUAAGAACAUAAAUGUUUUGAUAAGAACUUGCUAUUCCAAGCCAAAUAAAGUUCAUCAGCCUCUGCUCACCUCUUUUAAAAAUAUUGACAUGUAAAGUAUUUUGUAUCUGUUGUUCUCUGCAGGGAGAAAUGACCAUAACAGUCAGUGUGCAGUUUUCAUCGUUGACUCCGUGUUCUUGCUGAUUUUGACCUAACACUAAAACCUUGGAUUGCGAGUAACUUGGUUUUGCAAGACAAGCUAAAAUUUUAAAUAAAUUUUAACUUGAUAAACGAGCGAGGUCUUGCACUACGGAGUAGUAUGUAUACGCUUUGUCCGCCGAGUGUCACGUGAUCACAACUGAGUUGAUGGUUCAUCUCUCUCUCUCGCUGCAGGAUUGUGGGUAAUCGUCUCCCAUGCUUGGUCUCAAUCGGUGUGCCUCACUCAUAUAGUCAACAUCCGUACGAGCGUAUACGGUUUACUAUAGCAUUGUGACCACGUACUGACAUGCGAAUCCCUGUCUUACACCCUAAAACACGAAGCUGAGUCUCAGUACUUUAGCAACACCAGCUUUAUUCAGCGUGAAACAGGAACAGCGCGGUUAUUUAUUGUAGCGGGAUCUGCCACUCACAGCAGUCAGGCAGGGCCGUGACCAAGUAGUACUGUGCCCUUGCAUUUAUAAUGUUCCUCCUAUCACCCAUUGACGGCAGGCGUUUCUAGCAAGACCGCGAUCUGUUUGGAUUCGCUUUUGUGGUAAACUGCUACUGCGCUGACAGCCUGCGGUUGCUUCGGGACACUCUUCCGCGUGUCAUCCUGUUGGGGAGAAUCCCAAAAGAGUUUAGAAACCUUACAGUGCAUAAAGCAUUUUUUUAUUUUAUGUCCAAGUGUAGUGACUAAUCAGGCAAAAGCAACUGUCAUUGGAGAGGUUCCUUGUUGAAGUCGCAAAGAAAAACAUUCCAGUGAGCCCACAGAGAGCAGGGAUUCCAUUAGUUAGAGUGAAAGUUGUCCUACACAAUAACCUCCUCCUCUCUCUCAUCUCCCUCACACCAGCCAUGAUUCUUUUCUAAGGUAAAGUACAGGUUAAUUUGUUUUAUGUAUUUUUACUUUAUAUUUUGUAUUAAUCACAAUUCUAUUAAUAUUUUUAGGUUGUAGAACGAAUCAUCUGAGUUUCCAUUAUUUUUUAAGGGGAAAUUCACUUUGAUAAAUGAGUGCUUUUGAUUAUAAGCACGUUUCCAGAACGAAUUAUGCUCACAAUCCAAGGUAUCACUGUAUUUUGUACUAAUUCUGAACACUUCUAGCCUGUCUCCUCCUGAUCACCAUUUCCUUGAAGUGUCUGUAACUCCUACCCUGCAGUUCUGGAAUCGGCCACGUAGCUCCCGUGUGGACUCCCCAGUGCGGUGAUUUUGGUGAUACGGACAAUUGCUCAUUCUUCAUCUUGUUUGUUUUCUCCAAAUCUCUUUAGCUUCAACAAAAUUUGCAGCAACACAACACCAGCAAAAGUUACUUCAGACAUUUAACAUCAUAAAAGUACAUUAUCAUUAUUUAGUGAUGGCUCUCUCGUCUGUUUGUAGUGUUGAUUAACACAUAAUGCAGAAUAAACUAAAGUGAAGCCACCAUUUUAAACAGUGCGAUCUGUGUGCCCAGUGUACUUCCCGCAAUGCGUUUGGUUGUUCACUUGAAAGCUGCCUUCACUUUCUUCCUCUGAUAAAGAAGUGAAGCAAAAUGACCCCUUUUAUUGGCUAACUAAAAAGAUUACAAUAUGCAAGCUUUCGAGGCAACUCAGACCCCUUCUUCAGGCGAGAUGUAAGAUGCCUUGUAGAGCUCUUUCGAUCUCAGCACAGGCAUAACAUGCAUUUUAACAACAACAAGCAGCAAACCAAAUUGAAUGGCCUGUCAUUUUCUAAUCCGCUUAAUCCAGACCUCUGUGGCCGAGUGCUGUAUCCCAGCAAGCACGGGGAGCAAGUCAGGAACUAAUCCUGGACAGGAGGCCAGUCAUUGCAGGGCACUCAUUACAUCUCGCCUGAAGAAGGGGCCCGAGUUUCCUUGAAAGCUUACAUAUUGUAAUCUUUUUAGUUAGCCAAUAAAAGGGGUCAUUUUGCUUGACCUCUCGCCACAUCCAUAAUGGCUAACGCAGUACAACACCCUAGUUCUACCUCUGAUAAAGUAGCAUUUGGUGUCAUUCAUUUGUAAACUUGUACAUUAGCAUAUUCCAGCCAAAAGACUGAAUGAUGUACAGCUUUAUGGUACAAACCCAUCCCGUUAUUGCAGUUCUGUUCUUUUCUUUUUAUCUCGUAAUUCUUUUAUUCAGUUUCAGUUACUCGAGCAAUCUUCUGUCUUUUUCUCACUUGGGAGUUCUGCAAAACUGUUUGCUUUUAGUUUUGGUUCACCAUUUCAAAUGGUUAAUUGCUGUAAAUUAAUUUUAAUGUAAAUUUGUUAAUAGUUGUACAGUAGAGAUUCUAGAUACAUUAAUAUAAAAUAUGCAAUAUUUUAAUUGCAUUUAAAUGGCUGAGUAUAGAACUCUAUAUUCAUUUAUUCUUUGAUUGUAAAGUGUGCAGUCAUAUCUAAAUGUUCAAAUCUUAUAGAUGCAAUUUUACUAAGCUGAUUGCUAAUAAAAAGAACAUCUAUUUUUAUUCA